CACCAUUGCUUCUCACUCACACACACACUCACUCGUGCGUUCGUGCGUGUUGUGUCAAGUCUGAACUCAACUCCAUUUUUCACACUCUAUCUCUCUCUCAUUGUUUCUUCGAAGCAGUGGUGUUCAUAUCUCUCCAUGGGAAACAUUUUCUAACACAAAACAACACGAGAGGAGGAGAGGAGGAAGAGGAAGGGCAAGAAGAAGAAGAUAUGCUGCUUGGAAAGCGCCCUCGCCCACCGAUUAUGAAACGAACUACCAGCAUGAGUGGUGGCAUGGCCGUGGAAUUGCCGACGACCGACGAGGAACUCGUGUCUGAUAACCCUCACCAUGAUCACGAGCCUAACAUCAAAGUCGAUCCACUUCUCGUUGCCAUGGGAAGACAUAAUGAAUCUGCGCCUGAAAAUGUUUCUGAGGCCAAAGGGUCAUCUUAUGAAUUAUACGGGCAACGUUUGAUGGGCAUGGGCGUACCACUUUCCCCGACAACCUCAAAUAACCCUCGUCACAGUCACAACCACACAACAAACACUGUCAUAAACACUACUUCUCACUUUCUUCGGACUUGCGGCCUCUGCAAGUGUCGCUUGGCACCUGAUCGACGAGACAUCUAUAUGUAUAGGGGCGAUACUGCAUUUUGCAGCUUGGAGUGUAGGGAGAAGCAGAUGAAGCAAGAUCAGAGAAAAGAAAAGUGGAAGGCAGGGUCUAACAAGGAGCACCACCGUGCAUCACCACCUGGGAAGGCUUCCACCAAAAGUGAAACGGCUGCGUGUAAUUGAAAGUCAUCAGAAAAUAAUAAACAUAAUCAAUUAAGGUUAGUAUAUAUUUGAAGAGGGAGGUAACUGGUGUGUCAUCAUGUGCACUCACGACAAGGCUAUCCCUUAUCUAUCUAUCUAUCUUCUUCUUCUUCCUCCGUACCUCUCGUGGUGCUCCAUAUAUGGUUCUUAAUUUCACACCUACGGUACUAAUUCUUAUUCCCAUAGUUCUGAUACCAAAUUGUACAAAAGGUGUGCUAAAUGUUGCUGUAUUAUUGCCUAUGUCAAUUUUAAUAUCUUUCAAUAUCUAAAAUUCCCCCCUUUAUA